AUGUCUGAGAACGCAUCCGGUCUGGGAGUAGGGCCCUCAGGUAUUCCUCUAACUGUAUUGCCUCACGGCCAUGGGCUCCUCGACAGCGGUUCAACCGCGAGCAACGCACCUCCCGCCAGGGAUACCACCGAUCCGCCUAAUGGUGGUGGUGAUAACCGAGAAGCUCCAGCACGAUUUGAAAUAAUCCACGAAGGUGAAACAGAAGCAACUCAGCUCCCCAUUCACACAGUUCGCCGGAAGCUUAGAGGCAUCCAUAUCUUUAUGAUCGCUGUGAAUGGUACCCUUGGUACAGGUCUUUAUGUUCGAAGCGGCCAGAUCCUCGAGCUUGGAGGACCCUUGGCUGUGAUCUUCUCCUUCCUCUUCCUCGGAAUCCUGACUUGGGCUGUGAUGCAAUGCAUAGCUGAGCUUUUAUGUCUAUGGCCCGUUCCAGGAGCAGUCCCUCUAUUUGUGAGAAAUUUUGUGGACAAAGAACUUGGGGAUACUGUUGGCGUUGCGUAUUGGUACACAUAUUCUAUAGGGUUCGCCGCCCUGAUCGCCACUUCUGCCAGUGUCCUCAACUACUGGACCGCUGGCAUAAGCGGAUUCAGUGAGGGAUUCGCCUACGUUGCGCUCCCCCUGAUACUCGUGAUAGUGAAUUCUGUCAAGGUCGAGAUCUACGGCUGGAUUGAAGUAGUCACCGGAAUCAUGAAACUCAUUUUCUUGGCUAUUAUCAUUAUCUGGCUCCCCAUCGCCAUAUUUAAAUUUCCUAGAGAGACAGAAGAUGGCUCUCACAAAUACGAUAAAAAGGUGGCCAAUAAUUGGUUUGAAGCGUUUAUGAUGUGCCUGUCCCUUGCUAUCUUUGCAUAUGCCGGAAUCGAGAACAUUGCGGUUUCCGUUAUCGAAGCACGUUGGCCUUCUCAGCCAUCAACACGAGACUCAAGCAGAGACUCUUCAGAGAUUUUUGCGACACCUGCUAUAGCGUCGCCACCUGAAGCAUCCUCGCCUCAGAAACACAAGACGGCUCGAGAUUCCGUCAAACGGACAAUUGGGUUCACAGCUGUUGUUCUACCAAUACUGGUAGCUUCUGCGUACACCAUCAGUGGGUUAUUCGUGUCCCUGGGUCUCAAACGGGAUGACUGCGGUCUCCAGAGGCUUAGUUGGAUGGAGGAUGAAAAGUGCGGCAAGCCCGAGACUGACAAGGAGGGCUUCACGUUCUCGCCGUUUAUUCUCAUCGCAAAGACGUCGACCAUUCCCAAUCUUGAUCACGUUUUAAACGCUUUUAUACUGUUCACUGCACUCACGUGUGCUAACACUAAUCUAUACGUCGCGUCUAGGACGCUUUUUGGUAUUACGCGGAACAUUCGUUCUGGUGACUCGAUGCCAGCAGCUUUAGCCUGGUUUGGUGUGACGGAUCGCGACAGAGUACCACUACGGGCGAUGGUCGUCACUGCACUUGCUUUCAUUUGGGUGCCCUUCCUCCAAGGAACGAAGAGUGUCCACACUGGCUCGGAUGCAGGGAAGUUUCAUGAAAUUCUUGUCCAGAUGGGGUCCGUCAGCAUCAUCAUUAUAUGGGCUUGCCUAUGCUUGGCAUAUGCCAGAUACCACUACUGUAUUCACAAGUUUCGGGACUCGCUAGCAGAGGAUGGUAUACGCCUGGCGGGACAUCGAGAAGCUGAAUCUGAUGCUUAUCCCUAUCAAAGCCACUGGCAGCCGGUCCUGGCGUACGGAGCGCUCGGGACCUGCCUGUUUAUACUUCUUGUAUGCAAUGGGGUUUUCCUGUGGAAGGAAUUUCAUGUCUUCCCGUUCUUGAUGGGGUAUCUGACGACUAUUUGGUUCUUCGGAGUCUGGGUACUACUGAAGAUAUAUAAGAAGUCAUGGUCACCUUGGAAUAGACUUGAUGCGGAAGCCACAAAGACUUUGAUCAAGGAGCUGAAUGAUCUACGAGAUAUAUCCCUGGAACAGCCUGAAGAUGAUUCGGAGACCACUCGGUGGAAUUGGAUUAGGAAGCAUGGAUCUGGUGACACUGGGGCCAGAUGA